UUUUCCGAUCGUGAACUUUUUUCCCUCUCCCAUUUUCCAAAGCCGACCAGCGACCGACUGACCCCCUUCGUCUCCAGCCGACAACAAACCACCAACACCGUCAAAAUGGGCCGUCUUCACUCCAAGGGAAAGGGUAUCUCCGCCUCUGCGGUCCCCUACUCGCGCAACCCCCCUUCGUGGCUCAAGACCACCCCCGAGCAGGUCGUUGACCAGAUCUGCAAGCUGGCCAAGAAGGGCGCCACCCCUUCCCAGAUCGGUGUCAUCCUCCGUGACUCCCACGGUGUUGCCCAGGUCCGCGUUGUCACCGGCAACCGCAUUCUCCGCAUCCUCAAGUCCAACGGCCUUGCCCCCGAUAUCCCUGAGGACCUGUACAUGCUCAUCAAGAAGGCUGUUGCCGUCCGCAAGCACCUUGAGCGCAACCGCAAGGACAAGGACUCCAAGUUCCGCCUGAUUCUCAUCGAGUCCCGUAUCCACCGUCUUGCCCGCUACUACAAGACCGUCGGUGUCCUCCCCCCCACCUGGAGAUACGAGUCCGCCACCGCCUCCACCAUCGUUUCUUAAGCGCGCCAGCCCGGACGUCGCUAUCACGAAUGGAAAAGGUCGUCGCAUUGACGCGGUGGAUUCUGGUCAUGGAGUUGGGGUAUUAGGAAAUGUGCAUUUAGAGCUCCGAUGCCAGCUCUCUAGGCCCGGUGGCCGCACGGGUUCAGCCGCGGAGGAAGGGAGCACACACCAAAAAGUUUCUUCCCAACAUGUCACUUGAAAGAAGUAGACAAACCAUACCAAAAAGAAGAGGAAAUUCCUUCCCCACGGCAACGCCCUAGCAUCCUGUUGUUUUUUGUGCGGGGUUUUUAUGAGAUAUCAAAAAGUUAUGAAGAAGCGUGGUAUCAAAUAUCGUCAUCAUCAUGACCUCC